AUGGAAGAGCCUGCUCCGAAGCGAUUUCUAGCGGAUACUGGCACCGAUUGCUGUGAAGACGAUUUAGAUGAAGAUCUUGGUUCCGACUUCAACCUUCCCGCAAUAUCUGUGCGAAGUCGAAAGGUGAACAGUGGUUGGCUUUCCGUGGUUAGUGCGUACAACAAACUGCAAGAGUCUCCGCUUCUUAUUGACGAUUGCACGAAGGACCAACUCGACAGCUUUCUUUGCAAACUUUACCCGGGAGUAAAGCGCCAGGAUGGGAGCGCAUACCAGGCAGCCAGUCUUCGCUGCCUGAGAUCUGCUCUGCGACGCUAUAUCGAAGAGGAACGUAACUGGAAUAUCGUGCGUGAUCCCGCAUUCGAGUCCGCGAACGACUGCUUCCAUGGAGUGCUGGAGAAACUGGAACCUCGUCCAGACCACCCUCCGGUGCAGCACCGCGAUCUGACAGUGAUUAGCGAUGCCGACAUGCAGAGGAUGACCGACACGUUCCUCCAAUGCCAUGGCCCAGCGCUACUCGUCAUGGAGGUGUGGUUCUACUUAACCUACCACUUUUCACUCAGCGGCCGAAGAACCCAGCGACAGGUCAAGAAAUCUGACCUGGCGCUGAAAGUGGACCGCACCGGUCACGAGUAUUUUCUGUUCAACGUGGGUGAGACGGAGAGGAAUCAAUCGGGUACUGCUACAUAUAGGCAUGACACGACGCCGGCUGGGAGAAUCAAAGAUAGAUAUCAAGUGUCUCGCAUCAAGACCCUGCUAGCGCAUCUCCACCCCGAGCAAGAGGCUCUCUUCCAGAAGCCAAGACGAACCCUGAGGGAAGGAGACGACGUCUGGUUCAAGAACAUACCAAUCGGUACCCAUGGACUUGCACAAAUCAUGCCUAGACUCUCCACGCUUUGUGGACUGUCCAAGAGCUACACCGACUAUUCCGUUCUGGCCACACGAGGUCAUCAUCUCUGGCAAGCGGGUGUACGAGAUCACCACGCUAACAAAGAAAAAGGACGCAGCGAUUACCCUAGCUUGUCCAGUGACAACAUGCUAUGGAGCCCGUCUGAUCGAAGAACGUCAGUUCCAGACAAGACGUCGACAAGACAAAGCCAGCAACCAGCAAGCUUUGGUUCCUGCAUGCCUGCACCGAGACCGUCUCCACAACCAAUACUCAGCUCACCAGCAAUAUCCUCUCAGCCGUUACAAAGAGUCCAGUGCAUCUCCAGAACAAGUGUACCACCGCCAGCUACUCAUCCGACACAGCAGCCGCCGCAACAAGCAUAUUUUCGACCACCCAGACCAACAGAAAUACGUCUAUCGUUUGCUUCUGACGUGCCUCCUCCUUCUCCCUCUCCUGCUCCCAGACCGUUUGUUCUCCCAUCGCCUUCAAGGUUACAGGCUGCCGCUCCUCGAGCAUCACUUCACAACUCUCACUCUAGGACUGCGAGCUGGAGUGGCGAGCACAGCCUCGAUCAGGACCAGCAGCAAGUGGUUCAUUGUGCUCUUCGUCCUCUUCUCUUUGGUGGCAAGAUGCAAGCCUGUAAGAUCACAAUCAACAUGCAACCAUACUAA